AUGCAAAUUGAGAUCUGUCAAGCAGUCGAUUUUUUAGGACGAUUGUUACAAUCAAAAGUUGAUUCAAAUACAGUCUUCUGUUUCAAAAAACAAUUGGUUACGGUACUCUUGGAAAGGUUCAGUAACCAUUGGGAUCCGCGACAACCUAACAGAGGAAAUGGUUUUAGGGCUAUAUCCAAUUUUAAUGGAGCUGAUCCUAUCCUCGUUGAAGCAUGUAAUAAAGCAAACUGCUCUUUUAACUUGAUUCACACUCAUUUACCUCGUGAUCUUGUGCUCUGGAUUGAUCCUUAUUCAGUAUCAUAUAGAGUCGGCGAUCAUGGCAAUAUUAUGACCUUGUAUGAUAUAAAAGAUAAUAAUAAACAACAUCAGUCUUCGUCUUCUCCUCGACUUCAGUAUAUUCAACAAGUUCAGUCGACACCCAUAAGAGUGUCUCCUCCUAAUAGUCCUGAACAGCAGCAUGAUUUCAAGAAACUUAUCCAAAAAUCUCAUUUGAAUCAACCAUCACCAUUAUCAACCAACGCAGCUACGAUCACUGGUCUUGCUACUCCCCUUUCUUCCUCUACUGGCAUUUAG